GCGCUCAAGACGACUACAGGGGUCCUAGCAUAGUCAUCAGACCCUGUACUGUGCUACAGAAGAAGGUCAAAUUUGAUCAUGCUUACUAAAGCGGUUGGACCCAAAUAUAUUUCCAUCUUCAAAGCGUGGGUUCCCACAAUGGUCGGCUGGGGCACCGUAGGUGCGGUGGGUCUAGUCCAUUUCACAGACUGGAGAGUAAUUCUGGAUUAUGUGCCCUACAUAAAUGGAAAAUUUAAGAACGACGAAUAGAUGCAUAGCCGUGGGAUGGACGGGCUGGAGUGUGCCGAUGGUUUGGGGGUGGCCCUCUUCGUCUGCACUGAGCUUGGAGGUUCCCUGGCACAACCACGUGGGCUGUUGGCAGUGGGCACCGUCCAUAAUCCGCUACUUUUAUGUUCAUUUUUUGUAAUUUAUGUGAAUAAACUUUACUUUCAAAGCUA